AAUUCUCACUUCUUAUAUUAUACCAUACCCUCCUCAUCUCUCUAUCUCACAAACACACUCACAUGGCUAAUAAUAGCCAAUACAGAAUGGACGCAGAAGAGGAAGCUUUAAUGAAAGCAUACCCUUACGCCCUUUACUUCGUCCAAAGCCCUAACUCCACCACCGGAAUGGAAACCGGCGCCGGCGCCGGCGGACUUCCUCUGUCACGUUGCACUUCCUCCCACGCAUCCAACAACUCAUUCCUCCACGAGAAGAAGAUUGUCAUCGCCGGCGGCGGCGGCGAUGAUAUUCAUGAUCUUGAAAAAGAUGGGAAAAAAUAUGAUGAUCAUGAUGAUGAGGAGAAUCAUGAAGAGAUGAUGGAUUUGUGGGAGAGAUAUUUGUCGUUUAGGAAAUCAUCUUCAUUGGGUUGGAUUUGUUUGCAGCUUUUUUGGAGAUUUGUUCUUAGUUUGGGACUUGCUUUGAUUGUGUUCUUCAUUGCUACUAAGCCUCCACCACCCAUCAUUUCCAUUCAGGUGACAAGAAUUGGUGAAUUCAGGCUAGGGGAAGGGGUGGAUGGUUCAGGAGUAAGCACAAAGAUUCUAAAUUUGAAUUGUUCAAUCAAAUUGAUGAUAGACAAUAAAUCCAAGCUCUUUGGCCUUCACAUUUAUCACCCUUCCAUGGAGAUGUCCUUUGACAAUCUACCCAUUGCUCUUAACUAUGGGGAAAACUUAUAUGCAACGGCUAGGGGGGAAACAUGGUUUGAAUUAAAUUUGGGGACGGAGAAUAAGGCUAUGUAUGGUGCAGGCAGAGCGAUGGAGGACAUGCUUGAAACGAAAAAGGAACUGCCUCUAGUUAUAAACUUCCGGGUGAAUUCGUUCUUUAAGGUUGUUUGGGACCUAAUAAAGCCGAGGUUUCAUCACCAAGCUCGAUGUCUUUUAGUUUUAAGCCCGUCUUAUGAUAAGAAACGUCGCACCCAAGUGUUUACUAGCACUUGCCUCAUUAACAGCUCCUAAAUUUAUUAUUGUCAUUAAUCUUUAAUAUUAUUGUAUUUAUAAAAACAAUUGUAUAAUCAUUUCAUUAUGAAAAUAUUUCAAAUAUAUUUGUUUUUAAGGAUUUUAAACUAUUGAUAAAUCAAUAUCAAAUUCAUUUUGAU